CCUGUCUAUUGUGUCUUGCCUCUUCUUCUUACUCCUCAUUCUACACAAUGGAACAAGACCCAAAUCCAUUCCUCCGCCAUUGCAAAGGUCAAAGCAACAACUCUGGCAGCUCUCGUCCUCUCAUUCCUGGCCCGGCUGGCGCCAUCCAGGCUGCCAUGUAUGCCCGUAGAUCCACCCCUAACACACCACUCAUUCCGACCCAGGAAAUCGUGAGGCGUGUGCUAGAUCAUGGAUCAACCGAAACCGAUCCUGAUUUCAACUCACAUGCUUGGCUAUCAGCCCUGCAAGAGUGGGGAAUAGCCACUCCGCUGGGCUCUCUGACAGCGAACGUUGAGAGGGUGGAGAAUGUUGUUGCUGUUAUCAAAUCUUGCACUCCCAAUGGGUUUGGAGAUGCGAAAGUUACCCUCAAGGACCCCACGGGUGCUGUUGAUGCUAGCAUCCACCGCAAGGCCUUUACUCACAGUGAAUUUGCGAAUGACAUAACUGUUGGAUCUGUUCUCGUUCUCCAAAAGGUCUAA